CAAGCUGCUCGGUGUCGUCUGCUCCAGCCUCCAGGCAUUCGGUUCCGGCUCCUGCUUCCCUCUCCCUUCUCCGGUUCUCCCCCUCCGCCGCGGAGAUGGAGGCCACCGCGCUCGCGUCCCACUCGUCCCCGUUCGCCGUCCACCGCUCGACAGGGAAGCCAGCCUUCGCCUACCCCCACCGUGGAGGGCCCUCGAUGGUCUCCUCUGUCCACCUCCGCACGUCCCGGACCCCCGCCCGCUCUGCGGCAUGGAGAAGGCGGAGGAGGGGGACCGGGCUGGUUGUGCGCGCGGAGAUGUUCGGCCAGCUCACCACCGGCCUCGAGUCCGCCUGGAACAAGCUGCGCGGCGUUGGCGUGCUAACAAAGGAAAAUAUUGCCGAACCAAUGCGGGACAUUAGACGAGCACUUCUGGAAGCAGAUGUUAGUUUGCCUGUUGUGAGACGGUUUGUUUCAUCUGUUAGUGAUAAGGCUUUAGGUGCAAAUGCUAUCAGAGGAGUCCGACCAGACCAGCAAUUAGUGAAGAUUGUGCAUGACGAACUGGUACAACUGAUGGGUGGAGAGGUAUCGGAUAUUGUAUUUGCAAAAAGUGGCCCGACAGUUAUCUUGCUUGCAGGUCUACAGGGUGUUGGGAAGACUACUGUCUGUGCAAAGCUUGCGUUCUAUUUGAAGAAACUGGGGAAGAGUUGUAUGCUGGUUGCUGCAGACAUUUACAGGCCUGCAGCCAUUGAUCAACUCACUAUACUGGGUAAACAGGUGGGUGUACCAGUUUACUCAGAAGGAACAGAAGCCAAACCUACACAAAUAACUAAGAAUGCUAUGGAAGAGGCAAAAAGCAAGAAUAUUGAUGCUAUUGUGGUGGAUACUGCUGGAAGGCUGCAGAUUGAUAGAUCAAUGAUGGAUGAAUUGAAAGAAGUGAAGAAGGCUGUUAAUCCUACAGAAGUUCUGCUUGUCGUUGAUGCCAUGACUGGCCAAGAAGCAGCAGCACUAGUCACCACCUUCAAUAUUGAGAUUGGUAUAACUGGUGCAAUACUGACUAAAUUGGAUGGUGACUCCAGGGGCGGAGCCGCACUAAGCGUUAAAGAGGUCUCUGGGAGGCCCAUAAAAUUUGUUGGGCGUGGGGAGCGAUUAGAGGACCUUGAGCUUUUCUACCCUGAUCGCAUGGCACAGCGAGUUCUGGGAAUGGGAGACGUGCUUUCAUUUGUCGAAAAGACACAAGAAGUGAUGAGGCAAGAAGAAGCUAUAGAAUUACAGAAGAAGAUCAUGAGUGCAAAAUUCGACUUCAACGAUUUCUUAAAACAAUCUCAAAACGUUGCGAAAAUGGGUUCCAUGAGCCGCAUUAUUGGAAUGAUGCCAGGCAUGAACAAGAUAACUCCCGCACAAAUCCGAGAAGCUGAGAAAAGACUUGCAUUCGUGGAGUCAAUGAUCAAUGCCAUGACUGCUGAGGAAAGGGAGAAGCCAGAGUUACUGGCUGAAUCACGUGAGAGGAGGAUAAGAGUGGCUGAGGAGUCUGGAAAGACUGAACAAGAGGUGAGUCAAUUGGUUGCCCAGCUUUUCCAAAUGCGUGCUCAGAUGCAGAAGUUGAUGGGUAUGGUGCAAGGACAAGAAGCAAUAGCUGGCAUGGGAGAUCUCAUGGACUCGCUUAAAUCUGAAGAGAAGGCACCUCCUGGCACCGCGCGGCGGAAGAGAAGGAAUAACACGUCUAAGCAGAGGGACCUGGACGCAGUGCUGAGCUAGUGAGUAGUGGCCUAGUGUGCUGUAUUAUGAAAAUGCAUAGGUGGGCACUGAACCUGUGUAAUUGCGGUUAAUUCGGCACACAUUUUUUUUGUACAUAACGUUUAGUCCCAUGAGGGAAGAUAUGUUGGUCGCUCUUGAAAUUGGAGUAGGUUGUCAUGAGGACAUAUCUAGUGCACAUAGAAGAUUGGUGUACAUGAUGUACAUAUUAAAUUACCACCACUCAUUUUAGAUUUAACGUCUCUAGUUGAUCAUUCAAUUUACAAAUAACACAUUUCACUACUACACACCACCACGUUGGAUGAUGUUUUUAGCAAAAUAUACCAAACAACUAGAGACGUUAAAUCUAAAAUAAGUGGUGAUGAUUUAAUAUGUGCAUCAUGUGCAUCAAUCUUUCAUGUGCAUUAGAUAUGUUCUCUGUUGUCAUACAGGGCCCAGAAGAACUCAGGUCUUGUACCGGAGGCCUGGAGCCCAGUAUCUUUCAGUUGCAACACUUGAUGUAAAAAAAUAAGAAAAAACAUUUUACCUUUCUUAGUUUAA